AUGGCCUCUGCAGUCCUCUCUAGCUCGAGCCUCGCUGCUUUGGAGACCAAGUCGGCAUUCACCGGCAAGGUCCCUGCUUCCUUCAAGGCAGCAUCCCCUGCCAAGUAUGUGAACGCCAGGCGCAUUGCCGUGCGUUCACAGCACGAGAACCGUGCCGCAGCUGCUGCUGUGGUUGCUGGUGCUUCCGUGUUCUAUGCUGGCGCAGCUCGUGCCGUGGAGGCUGAGCAGAUCGUGAGCGCUCUUGAUCAGGUGGAGACUUUCUCCCGACAAGCUGCUGACGCCGCCGUUCAGGCCUUCGACGUCGUUAAGAACGUGACUGGCCAAGUGGUGGAUGCCGCUUCGCCUUUCGUGGAGAAGGCCACUCCCGUCGUCAUUGACGUGACGAAGAAGGCCGUCGACGCUGCUACUCCAGUGGCGUCUGAGCUUUCUGGUCAGGCGACCAAGGCUCUCUCGGAGUCCGGCGUUGAAAUCGACCCUAUUAUUUCAGCAGCCAAGACUGCUGUCAACGUUGCUGGUGACGUCACCGAGAAGACCAUCGAUCUCGCGUCCCCCUACGCUCAGGCCACCUUCGAGACCGUGAUCGCUCAGGACCCAGCAGUUCUCGCCGUCGCUGCCGGUGGCCUCGUGCUCCUCUACCUCCUGGCCCCUGCUCUCGGCGGUUCCAUCGCCUAUGCCGCUCGCGGUUACGCCGGAGAGUACACCGCUGCUCAGGCUCUUGACCUGCUGUCCAAGGAGGACUACACUCUGGUCGACAUCCGGUCUGAGGCUCAGAAGGCUCGCUCCGGAACCCCUUCCCUGCCCCGCAACGCCAAGUCCAAGCUUGUGACUGUCCCUGUUGAGGAUGUCGACAGCAAGCUCCGCGGCCAGAUCCGCAACUCGCGCAAGGUCGAGGCCGACAUCACGGCGAUCAAGAUUGCUGCCCUGAAGCGCCUCAACAAGGGCUCCCGCGUCAUCCUGAUCGACUCGAACGGCGACAUCGCCAAGCUGGUCGCUCAGUCCCUGGUCGCUUUGGGCUACAAGAGCACAUGGAUUGUGAAGGACGGUGUUGACGGCGGCAGGGGCUGGGUGCAGAGCAAGCUCGCCACUGAGACUUCCGGCCUUUCCUUCGCUGAGGUGCUCUCCCCCUCCCGCAUCAUCGGCGGCACCGGCACGCAGCGAGUGAAGCCCGGACAGCGCCUCAUCGGCAGCGGCUCGUCGGAGUAA